CCGUCUCCAUUAGAAAUCACCUUAACACUCUGACAGACAACGACAAGCCCCCUGAAAGCAAAUGAGUUUGAUUUAUUUGGCUGUAAAAGCACCCGGAACCGCACCGAGGACGCGGUGACGCCCGUGUGCUGAUAACUGCGCGUUUCUCCGUGAUGCCGCUCGGUUUGCACAGUUGUUUGUUUUUGAACCAGUCUGCGGCUGUUUGAGUUUUGUGCCCUGCAGACUUCCUACUGCUGGAUAAUUUUACUGCUGCUCGCCUCUUGUGGCCCGAGAGCUCGGGAGAAGGGACGGAGAAAAACAAGUAACUUGGAUCGGCCCCCUGUCCCGUCAAGCUGCAGCAUCGGGGGAAACCGAACCACUGGCCUGAGCUGGGUGGAGCAGUGACCGCCUGUAGCAUGAUGUCCUACCUCAAACAGCCCCCCUACGGCGUCAACGGCCUGGGGCUCAGCGGCGCUGCCAUGGACCUGCUGCACCCUUCAGUGGGCUACCCAGCGACUCCCAGGAAGCAGCGACGGGAGCGGACGACCUUCACCCGCUCCCAGCUCGACGUCCUGGAGUCUCUGUUCGCCAAAACCCGGUACCCGGAUAUUUUCAUGCGGGAGGAGGUCGCACUGAAAAUCAACCUGCCCGAGUCCAGAGUCCAGGUGUGGUUCAAGAACCGGAGGGCCAAGUGUCGCCAGCAGCAGCAGAGCGGCAGCAGCGCCAAAGCCAGGCCGCCCAAGAAGAAGUCCUCUCCGGCCCGCGAGAGCACCGGAUCCGAGAGCAGCGGCCAGUUCACCCCUCCUGCCGUCUCCAGCACGGGCUCGUCCUCGUCCUCGUCCUCCUCCACCAAUCACACGGGCCCGGCGGCGCUCAGCAGCACCUCUACCUCCAUCAGCACCGUCUCCUCCAUCUGGAGCCCAGCUAUCUCCCCCGGAAAUGCUCCCGCCCCUGCCGUGGCCCCGCUCCCAGAGCCCGGACCCCCUUCUAACGCCUCCUGUAUGCAGCGUUCAAUGUCAGGCUCCGCCGCUGCAGCCACCUCCUACCCAAUGUCCUACAACCAGACGCCGGGCUAUGGCCAGGGCUACCCCGCCCCGUCCAGCUCCUACUUCAGCGGCGUGGACUGCGGCUCCUACCUGGCCCCCAUGCACUCCCACCACCACCCCCACCAGCUCAGCCCCAUGACGGCCUCCUCCAUGUCAGGCCACCCGCACCACCACAUCAGCCAGUCGUCAGGCCACCACCAUCACCACCACCACCAGGCCUACGGCGGCUCCAGCCUGGCCUUCAACUCCUCCGACUGCCUGGAUUACAAAGAGCAGACUGCAGCCUCCUCGUGGAAGCUCAACUUUAACACCACAGACUGCUUGGACUACAAAGACCAGGCCUCCUGGAGGUUCCAAGUCUUGUGAUCAGGCUUCGUCCUCUCCCUGCUCCUCUGCUUCCCUCUUCUUCUUCUUUUUAUUUUCCAGAUUAGCAUAUUGCUUGUUUUAAAAAAAGACCGUUUAUGAACCGUAUGAUAACAGCAACAACAACAAGAUAGCAGCAGGAAUGCUCAGCCACCGGACUUUGUUUUUUUCCCCCCUCCCUCUUGUUCCCGACCACUUUUUAAAAAUUAAAAACCUUUUAAAAAAAAUAAAUAAAUAAAUAACAAGAGCAGAGAAAGUGAAGAGAAGACAACAGGAGCAGAUUCCUGAUGAAGAGCGGGGGUUUUUAAGAGGCUUCUACUUGGAUGACCUUAAGAAAACCAAACUGUUUUUCCAAAACACACAAAAAAAGUAAUUUCAACCAAACUCCUUUGACCACCAGCUCUCUGGAUGGGAGGAAUAUUUUCCCCUCUGGUGCACCGACAGGAACUUGCCUGCAGUGCCUCCCUCCUUUUACCUCCGACCCAAUCAAAUCCUGUAUAGUUUUUAUUUCUCAAAAAAUUUGUUAUUUUAGGAUGACAGAGAUUUUUAGUCAGCUACGUCGAGGAGCUGAAAUAUGUAAAUAUGUAUUUGGGUCAGUUACAGUGACCAUGUUUAGUUGGUGUUUUAUUUUUUCCCUCUGAAUUUAAAAUUGUUUAUUACCACUUUGGGGAGAAGAAGAUGAAAAGAAAAGAUGGGGGGGAAAAAAACCUGUAUGUAAAUCUUUCCAAAGAGAACAAAAUUGGCCAUAAAGUUCAGCUUUUAUAUACAUUGUUUUACUCAGAAAAAAAAAUGUCUUGGGAACUCAACAUCUAAAAUAUAGAUGCAGAACUAUUCUGGGCGUUUUGUCCAGGCUACACUUUGUUUUCCGGAUAUUAUUAUUAUUAUUAUAAUUAAUAAUUAUUAUUAUUCUAGCCUCUACAUUUUCAAAGCAGACCUCCUCUCUUGGGCAUUGUGAUAUUGGACAUGUUUGAACUGCAGCACUUGGCUUGAUAUUGGAGUCAGAGCAUUUUAUUAUUUUAUUUUAAUUAUUUGUUUUGUUUUUUUUUUUGGAGGAAGAGAGGAAAUGUGGAUUUGUAGCUCCAAAAUGACAGUAAGAUGUUGAAUGUAUCUUUAAGGCGACCACCCUUACAUACAUGUUCAUCCAAUAAAGAUCCGUUAAGUCAUAUUUA